AUGCCGAAAUACGAGUAUUCUCCGCUCAAAUUACCCAACAGUACUCGUAUGUUGUGUCUGAUGCCAGACCAGGAUAAGACUGCUGCUAUACGAUGCAAACUUUUUGAAUACCCCCUAGGAGAUGGCAGCGGAUCGCACCUCUACGAGGCAUUGUCCUAUGUAUGGGGCAGUGAGAAAAAGCCUCGGUCUAUCUACAUUGAUGGCAAAGAGCUCCAUGUUACUAAGAGCCUCUAUGCGGCAUUGGUACAUCUCCGAAACCACUAUUUUGAUCGCAUUCUAUGGGUGGAUGCUAUUUGCAUCAACCAGGAAGACAACACCCAAGAAAAAGAGAAUCAGAUCAAAUCCAUGACAAAAAAUAUACUCCCAAGCCAGUCUGAGGCACUGGAGUUUCUACGAGCCACGGCAGAAGAUGGUAUUUCUUCUAGAGAAUAUGUCGAAAUUGGAUCCGAUGACAGCAAUUACAACCCAUGCAUGGCCCUUAUACAACGGCCUUGGUUUGAGCGCAUCUGGGUACUCCAAGAGGCUGGUGUUGCAGGAGAUAUUCGUAUAAUGUGCGGCCCUGUCGAUAUUGAUGGGAGUGUAUUCUGCUCAGGCCUUAAUCGACUGAAGCUUUCAAACAAAGGGUAUCCAGACUUCGAGAACCGGAUACGGUCAGUGGCAUAUCUCAUCAAACGUGCACCUUUUCAACCGAAAUAUGGCCAUGCGUCGUCAAAUCGACACUCGAUAGGCGAAUUGAUGGACAUGUACCACGCACACAAGGCUACCAAGCUCCAUGAUAAGAUAUACGCAUUGUUGAAUAUGAGCUUCGACAGUCCCGAUGAACUGUUACCGGACUAUGAACUCCCAUGGGAUGUGCUUUUCAGGCGACUCGUCAAGCAUAUAUUAUUCCAAGAAGUCGAGGUUGGAACAUGGCAAGACAGGGAGGUUGCAGUGAUCAAGUCCAAGGGUUACUGUCUCGGUCGAGUAGAAGGAGUGGAGUAUGAUGAUGUUCAGCACGAUAUACAACAUGUUGACAUUGUCUGCAACCAAGCAGCGGGAAUAUUGGGGUUAAAGACACCCAAGUACAAGGCUACAUCAGACAUACCAUAUUGGAAUCAGGCCGGGGCAUUCGCUACCAAAUGGACCCUCCAGGCCUCUGCAAAGCCCAUCCAGAAGGGUGAUAUCCUAUGCCUUCUACAUGGUGCCUCCAAACCAUGCAUCAUUAGGGCAGGUGAGAAUUGUUUUGAUAUCAUCAUGAUUGCGGUAUCGCCCCAGUACGAUGACAGCAGAGAGACCUUGGAUCUACGAGACCAAGCAUACUCAGCCUUAAUCGGUGUCCCGCCCCGGAACCUGCUUCUUCUUUGGAACUGGCAAACUGGCGGGGAACAACGUAAAGCAAACGAAAGUGCAACAAAAGAUCGGUGA